AUGGUGGACACCAAGCUGAUCCUGAGCUACCAUUGCAUCCUUGCAGCCAACAAGGCCAACAGCCUCAUGGACUGCAUCAGACCAUUUCUAGCAAGCAGAGGAAGUGAUCGUGCUCAGCAACUGGAUACUCUCUGGGUAAACACUCUGGGUAAAUGUCUUGGCUUCAUUCCCUCCAUGAAGAGCAAUAGUACUCUAGCUAGAGACACUCAGCAGCAUCAGGGGCCUUUCACCAUCCUGGACUACCUUGAAAGCAAUGACUUCACUGUGAAGGGUGAAAUUCCUGAAAAUAAUCUAGCAAGAGACAGGCAGGGUAAUGCAUUUGUGGUGAGCUUGGCUUUGGCUGAUCUGGUGGUGGCCUUGUAUCCAUACCCACUGGUGCUCUUAGCUAUUUUCCACAAUGGAUGGACUUUAGGUGAAAUGCACUGCAAAGUGAGUGGCUUUGUGAUGGGGCUAAGCGUAAUAGGCUCUAUUUUCAACAUCACUGCAAUUGCAAUAAACCGAUAUUGCUAUAUAUGUCAUAGUUUUGCCUAUGACAAAGUGUACAGCUGGUGGAACACAAUGCUGUAUGUCUCCUUAGUCUGGGUAUUAACAGUAAUUGCAACUGUACCAAAUUUUUUUGUUGGCUCUUUAAAGUAUGAUCCACGCAUCUAUUCAUGCACAUUUGUUCAGACUGCAAGCUCCUACUAUACAAUAGCUGUUGUGGUAAUUCACUUCAUCGUCCCUAUCACCAUUGUGAGCUUCUGCUACCUUCGAAUUUGGGUUUUAGUGCUUCAAGUUAGAAGGCGGGUCAAGUCAGAAACAAAGCCAAGACUGAAGCCAAGUGACUUCAGAAACUUUCUUACCAUGUUUGUGGUUUUUGUGAUUUUUGCCUUUUGCUGGGCACCUUUAAACUUCAUUGGACUGGCUGUAGCCAUCGAUCCUAUGGAAAUGGCACCAAAAGUUCCUGAAUGGUUAUUCAUUAUAAGCUACUUCAUGGCCUAUUUCAACAGCUGCCUUAAUGCAAUAAUAUACGGACUUCUCAACCAGAAUUUUCGGAAUGAAUACAAACGAAUUUUAAUGUCACUGUGGAUGCCAAGGCUUUUCUUCCAGGACACAUCCAAAGGAGGAACUGAUGGUCAGAAGAGCAAGCCUUCUCCUGCUUUAAACAACAAUGACCAAAUGAAAACUGAUACCUUGUAAAUGUGUAAAGGUCAAUGCAAGAAUCUGUCAUGGAGAACUCUUAAGAAUAUGAUUGUAAUGUUCCGGUCAUUCUUGCUUACUUUUGAGGGCUUCCCACUUGGAUGGCACUUUGUGACGGGAAUACUGUAUUCUUGAUAAAGCA